GCAUACUUUGGUUGGGUUUUUUGGUUUGUGCGGAAAGUAUUAACAAUUCGUGUUUCAAGUUGUUCUUCUUGUUUGCUGUGUGUUUCGUUUUUUCUUUUUAUGUUUGCUUCUUGCUAAAUAAACGUGCUAAAAGUCUCGAAAAAACAAAACCGAAAACGCAAAAAAGUCCGGUAUAAAUACAAUAACACAAACGUGCAAAAAAUUAAAGGAAGAAGAAUAGAAGGACUGUUUUUUGGUCGUUGUUGUUAUAAUAGUGUGUACACGUAGCCCCAGAAAAGGAUAACAAGCGUAUAACGGGCCGUGUAACCGUGCGACCAGGUUAGCAAGCCUGCCUUACCCUCACCGUAGAGUACCGUGCCGUGACGUGCCUUACCUAUAGCCUGGCAGUUUGGUUGGACUAUGCAAUCAGGCUCUAAGUUGUCUUUGGAAAGAGUUUUGCAUUAUUUGUGGAGUCAGUCGUCGUGUGAUUGCAGGUGAAACGAGUGUUUCAAUAAUUUAUACAAUAAUUUACGCAUGCCAUCGCAUACUAUAACGGAUUACGACCGAAAGGAUUGUCUACCAAACGGAUUAAAACACAAAUUACCAUUUUAUACGUUAUUUCAUUUUCCAAUUACCACCUAAAACGAACUAUCAAUAAUAGAUGCUAUGAAGGCAACAAACUGUCCAACAGCUCAAGUGGCCCAUUCAGCAGCAAAUGCUACGCCACUCAUAAGCAACAUCUCGGUUGCAGCAUCGGCAUCAAUCAGUGUUGCGACGCCUACAAAUUCAACUGCCUCAUCGUCCACAUCGUCGUCAGCGAACACAACAAGUACGAAAUUAAAAUCAGCUCUCAAAGUGCCAAAAGUUAGUUUUGCUCCGCUUGACUUUACACCGCCUCCUCAUAUUACGUGAUACGAAAAUAUGCCACAUAACAAUAUUGUUUGUGAGUGGUUAAGAGCUUUAGGUUUGCAACAGUACGCAGAAAGUUUCAUGGAGAAUGGCUACGAUGAGUUGGAGAUUUGCAAGCAAAUCGGUGAAAUCGAUUUGGAUGCGAUUGGCGUUGACAAUGCCCAGCAUCGCAGUAAACUAUUGAAGAGUGUGCGAACGUUGCGCGAGAAGGGCGCUGCCCUAGUGUAUGUCAUGAUCAAUGAUCCGAAGGCAUUGAGUAGUAGUAAUGAAAUUUUAGCGGCCGAAUGUGAUACGCCGACAACGAUGAAAGAGUUAGAAUCUGUGAUUAAGAGACAUUUAGAGGCGGAUGGUAUACGUUUGACGGCACAUCCCUAUUCGACGCCGGAAGGCAAGCGUGGCUAUUUGGAGGGUCUGGCCGCUCAUUACAGCAAAGAAGUCAGCAUGCCUUUUGAAGAUGUUUUGGAUGCCAUUGAAUUUGCUCGCAGUGCGAAAUGGAAGGAACGUCAUAUGAGAAUGGCCACUAGUGGCACAGUAAAUACAGGGACACUAAGAAGAGGCAACUUUGGUACUGGUGGAGCAAGUUGCAGCUUUGGUAUGGGUGUUAGUGCCAUGAUAACAGGCAACAUAGCCAAUCAAGCCAUUUUACCCUCAAGUCAUAGUCAACCAUUAUAUGUGCCUGGAAAGUAUUCACCCUCUAGUUGUUUGUCGAAUCGUGAGGAAAACGAAAUCUAUAGUUAUGCCCAAAAUGAAUUGGCCCAGCGUAUGGCGCGCAGUGUUAUCGAUUCAAAAUCAUCAGUUAAUUUAAGUAGCGGUAUGCAGCACAGUUAUCCAGGAGCACGGUCUAAUUUCUUUUAUGAAUUUGCAGCAACAGAAGGCCGUAACAAGCAUAAAAGACGUACGGUAUUUGCUCGUUUUAUUAACGGUUUACGACAAACUGACGAUGAACUAAAUCCAACUGAAGGCAUGCAACUAAAGACUUCGGAAAAGAUAAAAAGCUGUGGUACAAUGAAACGUGUAGAACCUCAUCAAAAUUUUGAAGAAACAAUACAACGGUUAAAAAAUCAAAAGGCCAGAAAUAGGAUACAGCAUGAUAAAGGCAUACAUGACCGCAACAAGGAUAUUACAUCACAUGCAAUGACAACAAAUGACAUGUCUUUAAAUAACUAUACAAAACAUCCAUAGCAACAAGCAAAUUAAACAAGA